GUUACCUUCCAGACCUGCUAUAUUUUGGAAAACAGAGCAAUAGUUUGUUCUACCAUUGGCCAUUUUGACUUCAGUUUCUCAUUUCCCCCUUUAAUAAAUUGUGAUUUGGCUUAAACCUUAACAACUUCCACUUUCUGGAUGAAGAUGCAUCUAUACUACUUAAACCAAAACAUAUUUUCCUCCGGGUAUAAAAAAGUAGCAAAUUUCAGUUCUUCCACCACCUGGCUCCCGACCCCAAGAGGAGUUAUUUGCUUCAGUCUCCACUGUGAACUGCCUCCUCUAUCAAAGCAUCUCAGACAUGCAGGGGGAAGAAACAUAUGACUCUCUUCAGUGGGAUAACCCAACACCAGACUCUUGCCAGAAGCACCUGUCAUCAACCAAAUGUCCAGGAACAUGGUGUCUUGUGACAGUGAUUUCAUGUAUUUUCUGCAUGGGCUCUUUGGCAACCUCCAUUUUCUUGGCCAUCAAAUUGUUCCAGAUAUCCACCAUUGUAAUGCAGCAGCAAGAAAAACUCAUCCAGCACGACAGAACACUGUUAAACUUGACACAAUGGAAGAGAAGCCAUGACCUUCAGGAGAAAUGUCUGCAAAACUUUAUGCAAAAUUCUUUUUCAGCCCAUAACUGCAGCCCUUGUCCAGAAAACUGGAUUCAGAAUGGAGAAAGUUGCUACCGUUUUGUUGAAAAUUGGAAAAUUUGGCACACCAGUAGAGAGGAUUGUUGGAAGGAGGGCUCCAAGCUUCUACAAAUAGACAGCAAAGAAGAAAUGGAGUUCAUCACUGGCACAUUGAAGACGACCAAAAGGGGCCAUGAUUAUUGGGUGGGACUGUCUCAGAACGGGCUCAGUGAGCCUUGGCUUUGGCAAGAUGGCUCUUCUCCCUCUCCUAACCUAGGAAGAAGAAAUUUGAAGGAUCUGGAAAGGCUUGUUUGAAGGUAGAACCAGCUACCUCCUUGUUGGGAGAAUCAUUUUGGAAUGGCAAUCCUAAUGAUCAUGAUUAUGCUAAUUACAAUCAUUUCGUGGCAAAGAGAUGUAAAGACACAUUGAAUAAACAUAGCAAAGAAUUUUUCUUUCCAGAAGUCCAUAUCAGUUCCUAACUUUUCUUUCUCAGGUUUUCUUGAAAUCAGAGUCCAUUUAAAAUUCAUGUUAGAACAUGCAGCUUGUGGGCUCCAUUCCAGAAUCUUCUGGAAUAAAAACCAGGAAACUAAACUUUUAAGAAGCAUAGCAGGAGUUUCUUAGACACAAGUAAGGUUAAUUAACAGGCUCAGAUCAAAGGUUUAUAAAAUUUAAAAGUAUUCUUUGAAUAUUUUCAACAAAAUGAAGCUUCCUUAAUCUUUGCCUAUAGGUAUCCCAUUGAAUAAUUUGUCAUUAAUAAUCUACCAAUUUGAAGGGCCUCUUGAACUCGCAUGCUUUGAAGACCCAUCUAGUAUUCCAGAAGAUAGCAUUGAAAGUGCCAUGUUUCAUUUUUGCAUGAUCUCUGUUAGUGGCACUCGGGAAUUAUUUUAGUUAAGUCAUUUUAGAUGUAACAUUAAUCAUCACUGUGGAUCCAAUUGUCAGAUUAUCAGUCCAGUUAUCAGUACUUUGAAGAAAUAAAUUUUGAGAAGGUGUGGAAAGAAGGAAUGCAUUUUGCAAAAUGUUACAGAGUUUCACUAUUGACCUUUAACUGGAAGGACUUUUUAAGUAUGUUGUUAAAAAUUUGUAUUGGACAGUUAAGGCAAUUACCAGAGAGUGAGAGAAACUGAGCUUGCCAAGCAAGGGUUUCAGUGUAGAUUUUAUCCUAUCAAACGAACCUAAGGGAACAAGUUACAGUUAAAAUUUGAAUGCCUUUUUCCAUAUCUGGUUGUUGCUGUUUACAUUCCUUUAUUGAGCCUAUGUUUUCAUAAGCUAUUUAGCAGGUAUGUGUUGAACAUUUAUGUUUCAUGGUCAAGACAGAAUCAGAGGUCAUGGAUACUGACAGUGAUUUGUCUGUUUUCUCCUGUCUAUUUCCAUGACUAUAUCUAUUGCCUCAUAUUGAUUGAUAAGCAGAACCUGGAAAGCCUACAAAAAUUAGUGUUCUGUCAUUUAUCUAGGAAUAAUACAGAAAAUGUUGCUGUUAUUUUUGGCAAAGAAAAUCAAUUUUGUACAAUUUAUUUCAAUCUAAAUAA